AUGAUGUACCGUCAAGGGAGCCCGCAGUCGAUUCUCACCGCCGCCGCCUUGCACCAAACCCUAGGUUUGCACUGCAAGCGCGGCAGCCUCGUCUUCAUCGGAGGAGCCGCUAACUCCGGGCCUCCCCGCGCGGCGGCUCUGCGUAAAAACUCCGGAAUCGACCGGACCGUCGUCGAGUCCCUCCCGGUUUUCCGGUUCGGGUCGCUCCGGGGACACAAGGACGGGCUGGAAUGCGCUGUCUGCCUCACCCGAUUCGAGCCCACGGAGGUCCUCCGCCUCCUCCCGAAAUGCAAGCACGCCUUCCACGUCGAAUGCGUCGACACGUGGCUCGACGCCCACUCCACUUGCCCGCUCUGCCGCUACCGGGUCGACCCGGAAGACAUCCUCCUAAUCGAACAACCGCCGACCAACAGCCAGCCCCAGACUCCGGCUCCCCACCACCAAAACGACGUCGUCAUCGACAUCGAAACCGACCGCCCGGGUUUCCGCCGCGUCUCGGGCCGCCACUCCUCCGCGUUAGAGCGGCAACCCGGCUCCACCAACUCCUCCUCCUCUCAUGACAAUACGUCGUCGUUCCGGAGAUCCUUCGACGGCUGGACCUGGUUCCGGAAAAAGAGCGAAACAACCGCAACCGUCAGAUACAGCACCGACCGUCCCAGAAAGGACGGCCUUCUUUUACCUCAAGACAAAACCCGGCUCGAGCACAGGAUCAUUGUCUCCUCCCCCAGAUCAAGCACCACCAACGGCAACGGCUUCCACCAGCGCUGGAGCGACGUGGAGCCGUCGGAUCUUCUCUACCUCACCUCCGAGAUGAUCAUGAGCGAUAACGGAGCGACACGUCAGCGUCAGCAGGAGGAGGAGGUACCGUUGCGCUGUGGGAAUGGGGCCGUUCCAGCUAGGGAUGGGAGUAAUGGGUGCAGUGGCAGUGACAGUGGCAGAGGCGUAAUAAAAGAGAGAAGCGUGUCGGAAAUCACGGGGCUGAGCAGGUUCUCGAACAGAGGGAGCAGUAGUGAGCGGAGCAGUGAUAAUGACCAGCGCCACCGAAGCCAACGCCAAAACCAAAACCGGCAGAACCAACAGCGACAGCUCAGGCUCGCUUCCAGGUGGGUGGCUUGGAUUUCGUCACGCCCACCACGUGUAGGGUCUGAUCGUACGACUGCCACUGUUGCCGCUCCUCCUUCUUCCCCAACUACAGAGACUCCGCCGCGGAUCCCUCCGCCACCGCCAUUACCGACUGUGCCCACUGGUUGA